AAUGGCCGACCCUCUAGAGUUUUAGGGCGUUCCCGAUUAUGGCCCUGAAUCAAGCACCGACUCCAGCAGCUCCCCAGAACGGUCAGACUACCGGUCGUACCGCGCCGACCUAUGAGUUCUGUCGGACUGCUCAAUGGAGUCCAGAGGAUGAAGAGAGGAUAUUGGAGCCAUACAAGUACAUCACCUCCACCUCAGGCAAAGAUAUCCGCACCCGGAUGAUAAAUGCAUUCAAUCUAUGGCUUGAUGUCCCGGAAGACAAGCUAGCGGUUAUUGGCCGCGUCAUAGGCAUGCUUCACAAUGCCAGUCUCCUCAUCGAUGACGUCGAGGACGACUCCCAGCUACGCCGAGGAAGCCCUGUCGCGCAUAAAAUCUAUGGUAUCCCUCAAGUUAUUAACACAGCCAAUUACGUCUACUUCCAGGCCUUCGCGGAGCUCUCUCGCAUAAAAUCCUCGGAUCCCUCUACUGAUUUGAAUUCAAUUGUAAUUGAGGAGCUGUUAAAUCUGCAUCGAGGUCAAGGUCUGGACCUGCUAUGGAGAGACGCCUUGGAAUGCCCAUCCGAGAGAGACUAUAUCCUGAUGGUAAACAACAAGACGGGCGGCCUCUUUCAGCUGGCAAUACGUCUCAUGAUGGCAACGGCAAGGCGCAACAUUGGACUGAAUUACAUACCCUUCGUGAACGAUUUUGGGAUAUUUUUUCAGAUCAGGGACGACUUCUGUAAUUUAUGUGCUAAGGAUUAUGCGACCAACAAAGGGUACGCGGAAGACCUUACAGAAGGCAAAUUUUCAUUCCCGAUUGUCCAUGGAGUGAACUCAAACCGGAACGACCGAUCACUCUUGAGCAUCCUACAGAAGCGGACCACCAGUCCCAUUCUGAAAGAUCACGCCAUAGCUUACCUCAAGAACCGGACCCAUUCUUUCGAAUAUACCCAGCGCGUACUAUACAAACUAGAGUGUCAAGUGCGUGGAGAGUUGGAACAGCUCGGCGGCAAUCCCGGCCUAGAAGCUAUUGUUGAUUUACUUUCCCAGCCUAUUUAG